AUUAUGAAAUCUGAUAAAUCUUAGAAGGUAAACUGAAACCGGAGCGGACAAACCUUCCUGCAAACUCCGAUAUCCUUCUCAUUAUUUGAACAAGCCAUUCAAUCAAUCAAUAAUUCAAUCGAAACCGACAUUGACCUAUGGGGACGACGGGUGAGAGCGACGUGGAGGCGGGAUUUGCCAAGCUACAAGAGGAAGACGACAGAGCCUAGGAGGCGGUAUGAACAUUUCCCUCCACCACGCCCGCAUCUUCUACGACUAUAGCUCUAUCUUAACAUGGUAUCAGUCGCUGUUUCCUGGAGGUUUGACUUUCGCUGUGUAAUUCUAUGUUACUGGUUUGAUCGACUGCUCGCAAAUAAUGCGUCUGCUCAGGGUUAAUGUCUUCCCUUACUAUUUGGAAUGCCAUUGCACGACUGUUUGGUGCCAAAUCUAGUGCUAAGAUCUCUGCACUUUGACAUAGUUUGCACUCACAAAGGAAAGCUGGAUUAUCUGUAAGUGAAUAUUUGGAAAAGAUAAAAUCUGUUUGUGAUAUGUUAAAUGCAGCAUGGUGUGUUGUUACUGAGCAGGAGCAGGUGAGUGUUGUGCUUGUUGGGUUGUCUAUGGAGUUUGAAUCCAUUAUUGCUAUUGCUUCUCGUGAUACUUUGUCCUUAGAUGCUUUGACUGAAAUGUUUCUUGACUGUGAAGCUCGACAUAAGAUGUUUCUUAGUGAUGGUCUUUCAGCCAACAUGGUGGUUCAUUCGAAUGAUACUCGUGCUGAUGAUGUGCCAGUUAAGGUUUCCACUGAUGAAGAGAUAACUGAGAAACAAUCUUCUCAGGCAAGAGGGCAACAAGGCAAUAGCUAUCGUGGGAGAGGUCGAGGACGAUUUAAUGGCUCAAAUCGACCUCAGUGUCAGCUGUGUGUUCCUGCAGAGAAGAAGGGAGAGGGAAGAUCAAGAGUUGACCGUGAAUCAGAUAAUCAACAACUUAUGCAGUUGGAAGAAAAGGAUGUGGUUUCUUCUGUAGCUACUGUGCUUUCGGAUCUUUGUGGUCCUGGAGAAUGGAUGCCCAUGGAGAAACUCCACGCUGAGUUGGUUGAACAGUUCAGUAAUGUCUGCAUCACAGCCGAGUUAGAAGAUAUCUUACAUCGGAGGACUGUCCUGGUCCCGAAUCCAAGGGGAAACCAUGGUAUGGUCUGCUUAUGUUAUUGAGAAAAUAUCCUGAACACUUUGUCAUCAACACGAGAUCCAAGGGUCGGAUAACGCUGGAAUUCGUCUCUUGUAUCUUUACUUUCGUAGAGUGGCGGUAA